AUGAAUCCAGAACAGAGCGCCAAAUUUCCUCUGCAUGAGGCUGCCCGUGAGGGCAAGACUGAAAUUGCGGAGUCGCUUCUCAACGCCAAUCCAAAGUCUGCUUUUGUUAAAGAUGAUGAUGAACGGCUCCCCAUCCAUUGGGCUGUGGCCUACAACCGGCUACCUAUUGUGGAGCUCCUGGUGGCCAGCAAGAAUUUCGACCCAGAUGUUGAGGAUGGAUCUGCUUGGACUCCGCUCAUGAUUGCUGCCAGUCUCAAGGAUGCCGGGGGCGAUCCGAUCAUCGACCUGCUUCUUCGCAAAGGCGCAGAUAACGCAUUGCACUUUGCCAGCUCAAAGUCUAAUAUUUCCACUGUUCGAACGCUCGUCGCUCAUAAAUGUAGCGCCCGGGUCAAAGAUGUUCGUGGCCAGCUGCCACUCCACCGAGCAGCGGCGGUCGGCUCUGUUCCUAUCCUGAAAAUCCUUCUCGAGGAGGGAAAGAGUCCUGUGAAUGCCACUGAUAAUGAUGGGCUCACCGCGUUGCAUCAUGCCAUCUCCGAAGGACAUGGCGAUGCUGCAAUCCUAUUGCUCAAAUCUGGAGCAGAAGCGGAAAAACGAGAUGCAGACGGCAGGCUGGCUAUCGAUUUGGUUCCGGAUGCCAAGGUCAAGCAGUACAUUCUGCAGACUGCGGAAAGGGAAGGAAUCGAGUUGCCAUGA